GCAGCCCCGGCCUCGGGGCGGGGCGGGGGGGGAGAGUUAUAUUGCGGGGUCCUUCCUCGCUCGCCCUGGUUCCUCUCGGAGCGGAGACGGCAAAUGGCGGACUUCGAUACCUACGACGAUCGGGCCUACAGCAGCUUCGGCGGCGGCAGAGGGUCCCGUGGCAGUGCUGGUGGCCAUGGUUCCCGGAGUCAGAAGGAGCUGCCCACAGAGCCCCCUUACACAGCCUAUGUAGGAAAUCUGCCUUUCAAUACUGUUCAGGGAGACAUAGAUGCGAUCUUCAAGGAUCUCAGUGUAAGGAGCGUCCGGCUAGUCAGAGAUAAAGAAACGGACAAAUUUAAAGGAUUUUGCUAUGUGGAAUUCGAUGAGGUGGAUUCCCUUAAGGAAGCUUUGACCUAUGAUGGUGCACUCUUGGGCGAUCGAUCACUUCGAGUGGACAUUGCCGAAGGUAGAAAACAAGAUAAAGGAGGCUUUGGAUUCAGGAAAGGUGGACCAGAUGACAGAGGAAUGGGUGGCUCUCGAGAAUCUAGAGGUGGCUGGGAUUCCCGGGAUGACUUUAAUUCUGGCUUCAAGGAUGACUUCUUGGGAGGCAGAGGUGGAGGUAGUCGCCCAGGGGACCGGCGAACAGGUGGUCCCCCAAUGGGGAGCCGCUUUCGAGAUGGACCGCCCCUUCGGGGCUCUUCAAUGGAUUUCAGAGAACCAACAGAAGAGGAAAGAGCACAGAGGCCCCGACUUCAGCUUAAACCUCGAACAGUCGCUACCCCCCUCAAUCAAGUAGCCAAUCCCAACUCGGCUAUCUUCGGCGGAGCCCGGCCCCGAGAGGAAGUGGUUCACAAAGAGCAAGAAUGAGCUCGAGGUUGGGAGGGAAUGGGGGGAGAAUUCUUGAGCAAGACAGCAGUAGACAGAGUUCAUUACUCUGGACAUCAACCCUGCAGUUACCAUUCCUGCCACCUGACAUUUGUCCUCCUCCUUUCUUGAAACUGAAAACACAGAGCUUGUGAAUGCAUGUCAGCUGUUAACAAGUGGUUUUUAGUACGUUCUUGGCUUUGCUGUAUCUAGUGCCUGUUUUGUGCUGUUUUUUUCCCCACCACCUUGGCCCCGUCCCUCCCCUCCCACCCCCCUGCCCUCCCUGUUUUCCUCUUCGUUUUCGCAGCACGUGGUUUCUUGCAGAUGAAUGAAUGAAAGCUGCCAUCACCCUGGAGGGUGGGAGUUCCCGAUAUGAGGUGCUGCUCCAUUCCCCUCCUUGGCUUUCUCUGUUUUACUUUAGAAACACUGGUUAGACUUUGUUGAAACUCCAAUAUUGUUUCCUUUGCCUUUUCCUCACUUCUCUUCUGACCUGCAUGUUUGGUUCUGGGUUGCUGUGGCUCCAAAGAAGCGACUAGGAAAGAAUUCCCCAAUAGGUGGUUGGACCAUCUGUUGACCCACAUGUAAAAUUGGACACCUUCUCUAAGGCUCGACACUGGCGUAGUCCUUCCAACCAGCUCACGGGUCGUUCUCUUUAACUUCACCCCCCAAUUCCUUCCUAUAAACAGGAUACGAGUGGAAUAGGAUCAACUUUAAAAGUAUGUAUCUAUAUAAAAUGUGGAGAAAGGGUAUUACCUUAGGAUGAAUUGGCUUCACUCCUGCAGGUCUAUCUCUCUGCCCAAACCAAAAUCCUUACUAGGGAAUUCCUUUUAUUAGGCAGAUUAGAGGGUUGUGUUUGUAUAUAUUGCAAACUGCAAUCCGGUUUUAUCUCAACUUUGGGGGAUUGCACAGCGGUGUGGAUCUGUGCCUAUUUGACUAUUUAAAAAAUGCUCAUUGAGUCUUUGCUUUUUAAAAAAAUUACACACUUUUUUUUUUUUUAGUUUUACAUGUUUGGUAAGUAACUUUUAAAUGCAGGUUUAUACAAAUAAAGUUGACUUUGUGUUGUGUUGGAAGGAGUGUAAAAUUUACUGCCCAUGGCCACAUAUUUUGCUUCUAGCCCCAGCAUUUCUUUGUCCCCAAGUGUAAAUAGUCAGUAGUGAGAUGCUCUGCUUUCUAGCAUCAUUCUAAAAAGUGGGUCAUGAGCACUGACCCUUGACCCUAGGAUCUGGCGAUGUUGUGUCUCAUUCAGAUUCGUCACGAACCUUGAAGCAUCUCCUGGGUAGCUAUAGAGUUGAAGACCUGAAGGCUCAUCGGGGAGAGUUUACUUCCCACUUGCAAACUAUUCGAGAAAACAAAAGCCAAAGCUUUCAGGCUGGGGAUGGCAGUAGCUAGAAGGAAGCCAGCCGCCAGGGUUUCUUGGCCGUCAGAGCCGCUUAGGUUGGUCCACUUGGAUGGUGACAUUGUUGUGGACUCCCCAUUCCUGGCUUCAGUCACUGUUCUCUUUGUUCCAGAGUUACAGCAAUUUACAGGGCCCUUCCUCUUCUUUCCUGCUUCCUUCUUCCUUCCUUCCUUCCCUCCUUCCUUCCACCUGUCAUACUCUCUGCUCCUAAGAUAAGAAACCAUUUGUGUAACACCAACACGUAAUCUAAGAAAGACAUGCAUUGUGUGGUUGUAAUCAAAACGGAUGCUUUCAGAUGACCUACUUACAUCUUCAAUGUGGAAAAGAUUAAGAACAACAGCAACAAAAAUCUCAACUUCUGGUUAAUCCAGUUGCAUUUUAAAUGUGAGAAUGGAAUUCCAAACACUUAACCCAUUCUGCUACAUGACAGAAAGUAAAUUUAUGGAUAUGGUAUUUUGUGAAUGAUCUUUUAAAUAAAAGAAAACCUUAAGUAAUA